AUGCAGUUUGUCAAAUCAAUUUUAGAUCACACGAUUGCGGGAGGCCGUGGCGUUGCGCAGGGUCCCCGUGUGGAAGGCACUAAAGGCAGUCGCUUCACGGAUACGCCUAUCUCAUCGGCGGAAACCAGAAAGCGAGAAAACAUCGAGGACUCGUCCAUGUGGAAUGUACUCACGAGUGCCUUUUCCCGACCCGUACCCUCCAACACGACGGCCACGACGAGGAUCUCGGUCCACGACGCCGAAUUAGAAAAGGCAACCGCCCUCGGCCGAACGCGUGGUGAAUCGCCUACCUCGGUAUGGUGGGAUGACACUGGAGAGAGUUGUGUUUCCACGGUUGGUAAAACAAACAUGUUAUGCACAGCGAGUGCUCGCUCGGAAUAUCGCGUCCAGCGUGAGAAUCUGCGCGAAUCGAAAGCUAUACCGUGUUCGAGCAAUUUCCCAUCGGUGGCACUCGAUUUCCGCACCGACGUCAAUGCCGCCAGAAACGGUCCAAUUUUUUCCGAGCAGGAUGUGAUCCUCCUUCAGGCUACGUACGAAAGAGCCGAGUCGUUGCAACAAGCAUUGGAUGCUGCCGAGGUCCAACGGACUAAAAUGAUUGGCAAUCUCAAAUCCCGCAAGGCCAUGCUCCUACAGGCCAAACUCGCGCAAGAGCGUCUCCAAGCCCAGCUCGCGUCAUUUGGGACACGUGAACAAGUGCUGCGGGAAGAGAACGACUCUCUCCGGGUCGGCUUGCAGAACGUGGCGGCUGUCCGGGACGAUUUGAGAAACAAGCUACGCAUUCAAAAGGAUACUCUCAAGGAAGCGCUGCGGGAAAAAGAAGCCGUCCACCGACAGCUGAUAAAGUGUCUGUACGAACGCGAGUUGGAAUCACACUUACUGGGACAAUACCGCCGCUUGAGUUUGCAAACGGGCUACUUCAAGUGGGGUAAGGAAAUUCGCGAAGCGGAAGCUAAAUUGGCCGCAUCGGUGGAAAGAGACGGCUAG